UAAUCGAAAAGAAAGAGGCAUGGAGAUAUCAAUAACCUCAGAGUAUAUAUAUAUAUCCUCUUAUUCACUGCAAGUGUUAUACCGAGCAUUUUAGCCAGGCGAAGUAUAGUAGUUGAGCAACAAGGUACUUGCUAGUUCAUACCCUUCUACCUAAUCAUUCUCUACCAUUGCUAUUCCACACUUCACCGUCCAAGAUAACCUCAGUCGUCAUUCUGAGUCUUUGAAAUAAACCGACGUCAACCUUAAGUCUCCUGAUCCGCCGUACCCUUAUCGAUAAGGAUGGGCCGAUGCCAAGUCGACGUCACGUGCCAUGCGGCGUGAGUCGGGGCGCAUGUUGCAGGGACCGGUCCUCUGCCUGUUAUUCGACAUCAUAACUUGAGAACCGUUCGCCAUGCUACAUCGAUUAACCUCGUUGUGGAGUCGGCUUCCGCAACAGGGACUUGGUUCCCGGAUCCCGCCAUCAUGCCCCAACACGACAUUCUUUGGACUAGGGAGGAGGUGUUUCAGUCGCAAUUCGGUCCUCGGACGGAGCGCGUCCUCUACACCGUUCAAUACACCUCAAUCUAAGCAGCGCAAUGCGUCCACGAUGUACUACACAGCGAGCAUGAUCCUGGGCACGGUGGCCCUCGCAUAUGGCUCUGUUCCUCUGUACAAAAUGAUCUGCCAACAAACCGGUUGGGGCGGCCAGCCUAUCCUGACUCACCGCGGAGGCGACGGAGAUGCCUCCGAGCGCGUUGUCCCCGUCACCGACUCUCGCCGGCUCCGGAUCACAUUCAAUGGAUCGGUCUCGGACGUAUUACCCUGGAAGUUCACGCCACAGCAACGCGAAGUUCGAGUGUUGCCCGGAGAGACGGCGCUCGCGUUUUACACGGCGACCAACAAGGGACCCGCGGAUAUCAUCGGUAUCGCUACAUACAGUGUGACUCCGGGACAGGUCGCUCCGUACUUUAGCAAAAUCCAGUGCUUCUGUUUCGAAGAGCAGAAGCUGAAUGCGGGAGAGUCGGUGGAUAUGCCGGUGUUCUUCUUCAUUGACCCUGAUUUUGCCAAGGACCCGGCAAUGAAGGGCAUCGAUACCAUCACGCUUUCGUACACGUUUUUCAAGGCGAAAUAUGACGAUAACGGCGUUUUGAAACCUUUGCCAUCGGGUUGAGAUUAUAUGCGGUGAACGGUCCGAUUUCUCUUGGACAUUGAAGGCAAAUCACAAAGAGCCCCCGUGGGCUCUCCUGGUAGUAUCUUGGCCAGAAGAAUCGGACGCUGCCAGAAGAGAGUUAUGAGAUACGCACCGUCGGCUAUCGAACCGACGACACCGAUGCCCCUUUUGCACAUUUUUGUUGGCAUGGGAAAUACCCCCUCCUCUCCGAAGAUAUUACUUGUAUUAUAUUUUAUAGAAUCACGCCUCCUUGGCCUUUGUACUAUACUAUAGCAUCAUGGGAGACGAGCUCGCAUUUGUAACGUGAUUGUUGAAGAAGCAUGAUGCCUAGGGAAUUCUCGAAAUAGAAGUGUGGAGUGUUCUCCUGGG